AUGGUGUCUUGUCGCGGCAGGCUGGAGCCCGCCCCGCUUGGGCAUAUUCUCUUCGCUGACGCGCACGAGGCGACCACUGCAGCCUUUUUCGCUCGCGCGCCCUUUCACUUUCCGUACAUGCCUGCUCGCAUGGGCGUUGCUUUAUACAGCCCCGUCCCCGCACUCCCCACCUCUGUCUCUUUCUUUCACUUUCGCUUUCGCUGGGGAAGCGGGGGUGGUCGUACGGCCACCCUCCCCACACGUUUCUCGGGCUGUGCGUGGCUCUGUCGGCGGCGCGGCCGUAGCGGCUUUACUGCAAGAACGAGGAGCAGUCCUCCGCACAUGCAACGGGGCGGCGUUACCGCUGCUGACCUGAUGGAGCUUCAGGAGGCCGCCUCGCGGCUUCGCUCUCUGUGCGCCCAAAGGGAGGCGGAGAACAGAAGUCUGACGCAGCUGCUGCGGGACCAGGCAGAGCAGCUCCUUGAGUUGCGUGCCGAUCAACUGCUUCUGCAGAAAACGGCUUCGAUGUGGUCCAGCUACCAUCGCCUGUUUGCUCAGCCACUCUUCGAGACGCGUCUGGCGCUGGGAACUUAUCAGUGCGAGGCGCAGCAGCUGUUGAUUCACGAUAUGCUGCUCGAUCAACGCCGCAGAAACUCACUUGCCAAGGUGGGGGAAAGCAAAAGGGAGCGGGAGAAGGCUGCCCUGCAGGCGCAGGUGCGGCAGCUGCAGGAGCAGCAGGACUCCAACAAGCGGCGACAUGCGGCGGUGGAAGUUCGGCUCGGGCGUGCCUCGGAGGAGUCUGUGCGGGCCCAACAACGGGUGUCAACGUUGGAGGAGGAGUUGACGCACUACAUGAGGCGACUAGAGGAGAGCGAGCGAGAGCGGGAGCGCGUCCAGCGGCAUCUCUCACAGCAUGAGGCGGCUUUGCUAAAGACACGACACAACGUAGUUGAACUGCGGCAGUACGAGGAAGAGAUUCACUCGAGGGACGCCGUCAUCGUGCAACUGCAGCAAGCGAUUCGGGAGAUGAACGCACUUAUGGCACAGCAGCAGAAAUCGCACUCAGAAACGGCGGAUGGUGCCAAUGCGCCGCUGCCGCCGCCACCACCACCACACGAAGCAGAAGAGAGACAGUUGUCCGCCAAUUUACCUAGCUCGCCGAGCGGUGCCUGCGAUUCUGAAAGGCGGCUAUAUUUGGGCGUCCAGAGACUGCGUCAGGCUGUGGAGGGUGAGAGCAGUCCCUCCACUCACCGCCGUCCCCUCUUUGCCCACUGCAGUUCCUCCAACUAUUCUACAGCUUCGUUACCAGCUUCCCCAUGGAAGAAGGAGCGGGGUGAUGUCAGUGGUAUUGAUAUGCAGGAGUUUCUAGCGCAAGAGUUGCAGGCCCCUUUGCCGUAA